AUGACAGCAGACACAAAAGAACUGGCCAAGGGCUACACAGUCAAUAAUGCCACCCAACACAAUGCCGGAUUGUUUCUCCUCGACCGCCUCGCAGUCAAACCCGGCAUGCACGUCUUGGACGUCGGCUGCGGGCCAGGGAACCUGACGGCACAUAUAGCCGAGGUCGUUGGGCCGACUGGAAAAGUGGUCGGCAUGGACCCCAGCAAGGAGCGCAUCGCCCUGGCCGAGGAGCUGGCCCCCACCAAAUCCAACCUGUCGUUCGUAGUCGGCCAGGCCGAGGACCUGUCACGGUUCGCCGACGGCAGCUUCGAUAUAAUCUACGUCAACUCCACCUUCCACUGGAUCGGGGACCAGGCCAGGGCGCUGCGCGAAUUCCACCGAGUACUCAAGCCCGGUGGCGGCCGGGUGGGCAUCUCUGGCGGGUCUGGGGACUUUGUGGCGUGGCACCAAACGGUUAAGGCCGCGGUCAUGGCGCAGGAGCCAUUUUGUCAAUAUCCCGACACCGAAGGCACCGGGCCCAAGUUUCUCAAACGGGAAGAGAUGGAGCGUCUGCUCGGUCUUGCGGGGUUUGCUGAUUACAGCAUGGUCAUCAACGUAAUUACGAAGGAGGUCAAGGACGGGUAUGCCAUGAUAGAAUGGUUGGACACGAGCUCGUCGGGCAAGACGUACGGCGGUGUCCCGCUCGAGUUGCAGCCACAGGCGAGGGAGGCCAUGAAGCGGGAGUGGGACAAGUACAUGACGGAGAAUGGGAUAAAGAUGGACAUGGAGCUGCUUGUUACGGUGGCAACAAAGAGCUAG